AUGGAGAAUUAUAAUUCGUUAUUUCUUCAGCAAUUAGUGCCUCUUCUAUUUUUUCAAACUGAAGGGUCAUCUGAAGUUGUGUUGAAGUUGAUUAAAACACUUGAUCAAUUCAAUAUUAAAGAUGCCAUUUGGGACAAUUCCAUUAUUAAAAAUAGGCUACUGAAUAUCAAAUAUAGAAUUAAAGUAAUUGAAACACUUGAGUAUCAAUUACCACAAGGAAUUAAAAGUAGUACUGAAGAAGAUGAACAUUCUAUUCUAUCACCAUUUAAUAUGAAGUCUGAACUUUUUCCCAACGGUAUAUUAUCUUAUAAAUGGUUUAAAAAGUACAUAGAGGAUAUUCCAUUUGCAAGUAUAAUGACAUUCAGCUUGGGUCAGACUUCAGAGAGUGAUAACGAAUUGAUAGACCGAAUUAAUUCCUUCAAAAAUGCAUAUCAAGAAAGUCGUGUUAGCCUUGUUGUUAUAAUUAUUUCAGACUCAGAAGACAUUAAUGCAGACGACGAUCGGAUUCACAAUUUAAGGCAGGCAACAGGGCUUCCAAAAUUGACGGGUUUAAUUUACUUGAAUACUUGUCCUGAUACAAUUGGUCGUGACAUUGAGAUAUUGGUUUCAAGCGUAUUAUCUAACUUAAAAGCUGUUGCCGUGGAUUUCUACUCAAGCAUAGAGAAUAAAGUUAGACAACGACACAAGAAAUAUUACUCGUGCCCUUCCACUUCAAGUAUUGAUACUAAAAUAGAACUCACUCCUAUUUUUCUUGAAACCCGUAACCUUAUCAAACAGGGUAUGCUUAAUCAAUUAUCACACCCACACAAUUUAGAGACAAGUUUAAAGUUUCUCGAAUAUGCAUAUCAGGAUAUCAUCGAAUUAUCUAGGGAUAAUUUUACUAAUAUUAUCAAGGAAGACUCAAUUUCCCGUCACGAUUUGGAAUUAUAUGAUCAAUUUAGAACUUUAAUUGAUGUUAUCGCAUUUCAUAUAGUCAGAGGUUACUUAUCGUUAGAAGAACCCAUUUUAGCCUUAAAAAAGCAUAAAGCUCAUAUUAUAAACGUCUUAGAUGCUUUUAAUGGUGGUAAUGGAGAUAAUAAUAAUUGGAUAUCAAUUCAAUACCAAUGGUUAGGUGAAUUAAUGACGUUGAUACCAGGAUCAAUUUUGAAUUCAUUAAAUUUAAAGGGAUACAAAAAGAAAUCGAAAAAUUCGAAAGUAUUUAAGAUCUUUGGCGGCGUGCAAUUUUAUGAAACUCAUGACUACGAUUUGAUAACAAGCCCUGAGUUUGUGUUCAUGAAGUCUGCCGAGUACUGUACUGGAACAUCCGGAAAGAAUAUCAAGUUGAAGUAUUUGAAUAACUCCGAUGAUUUAGAAACAGUAUCCAAACGGAAAAUUAUGCUUCUUUUAAAUGCAAAAGAUUGCUUACAAAAAGAUGAUUCUCAUAAGAGUUCUUCUGACGGUCAUUCUAAUUUUGGAAGUAUGUGCCAGUACAUUAGCUGGUUAAUAGCAAACGAAUAUUCAAAGUUGUCAGACGAAGCAUCACUAUCGAAAGCAAUUGAGUAUUAUGAGUUAUGCUUAUCCGAAGCACAAUUUGGAAAUGCUAGAAUUUCCCAAAUCAUACUUCAGAAUUUAUUAAAAUACUACUCAAAGAGUAAGAACAUUAGGAAGAUGCUAGCUACAGUUUUAAAAUUAUCGGGCUUGUCAUUUCCAGGCGGCAAUGUACCUAUUCAAAUCAAUCUAAAUGAUUUGGGUUCAAAGGAAAGUGAUUUACAUGAACUAGAUACUAAUGAUAUUCAAUUAGUUGAUGUUGAUGCUUUACUUCUUAGUGAACAGUACAACAAAUUGGGACCCAAUGAAUGCUCCCUAUACGAAUCUUGUGUUAGCCAAAUAACCUUCAAACCUCUCAUAAAUCUACAGCAUUUAAAAAUGAUUCUUUCAGAAGGAAGCGAUGAAGCCCAAGUCCGUUUAUCGAUCAAAAAGUGUGAAGUAAAAUUUCAUAAACAAGGAGAGCAUUCAGACCCAUGUGCGUAUAAGGAUGUCGUUAUAACCCAGAAUUCUACUCUCCCAUCUGAUUUCUUGCAGACUGUAGAAGUUCUUGAGAAAGGAAAUAAGUUUGGUGGAGAAUUUAACAUCAGUUUUACUGAUUCUGAUGACAGAAAUGCCUCUAAGGUUUUUCAAUUUUCACAAGUUUCCCGAAGAGCAGGUUCGUACAUGAUAGGAUCUAUCAACUUAGAAACCGAAAUCAGCAUAUCAAAUUCAGGAAAGGAAUUAAAGUUAACUGGAAAAAAUAGCAUAGCAUUGGAUGAUGGAAAUUCUGCAAAUGUUUCACAUCAUAAAUUUAUGUACUCUACUACAAAGGAAUCAAGGCUACAAAAAACGGCAGUUAGAAUGUAUAGUCAAGCACCUCAUGUAAUCAGAGUAUUACCCUUAAAACCAGACGUGACCAUUACGAUGGAAUCUUCCGUGGUAAAUUCAAUUAUUGUGGGUGAGAAGAUUUCAAUACCUUUCCGAAUUCAAUACAAGAGCCCUAAGAAUCAAAAAGUUGCUUAUAAAAAUAUUCUGUUAGCACCGAAGGUCAAAAUAAUUUCUGACGCACAGGAUCAAGGUUUUGUUUCUCCAUUGACUACUCAAGUUAAUUGGGAUGAAUUGAAAGACGAUGAGCCUUUGAGUUUAAAAUCCUUAGUGUCAAGCGAUGAAGAAACUACAACACAUAAUUUGAACAUUAGCAUCCUUAACUCGUCUAUAAAUGGUGACGAUAAUUCUAGCAUCUUGAAUAAUACGUUUAUGGCGUCAAUUGAUCUUAAGACUUUAGUAAGUGAGGAGGGAGAAGAUAACAGUGAAGAAAAUAGUUUGACUAUAUAUGAUACUGCUGAUUAUACAUUGCCAGUUAUAACCCGUCCGUUUGAUUGCAAAUUUAGCAUUAGUCCAAGGUAUAGAAAUGAAGAUGCAGUUGAUAUGCCAUGCCCAUUUAUUCUUUCUCCAGAUUCUAAAGACUCAAAUUCUCGUGACAAGACAAGUAAUUAUUCAAUGCCUAUUGCUACAAGGUUAUGGAUGGGAAAGCUAUCGUUAGUGGACAAUCUUGCUCAAUCGAAUAAAGAAAGUGAACUUCAAAUUGAAGAGGCAAAGUUUAGUAUUAAAUCAAAAAAUUCCGAAUUAAUCGUCGAAACAAUAGACCAGGAACACAGGAUAAAUCAAAAUGACAUAACUCAGCUAUUCACUACGAGAAGCAAAAAUGGAUUUUCUCAUCGAAAUGUGAUGGUUAAUGCUUCUGUUAAUAUUAAAUGGAAAAGGAAAGAUAAGGAAAUUAUUAAUGAAUUUAAGAGCAUAGAAUGGCAAAUAGUGUUGCCAUUAUCCGACCCACGAGUCUUAUUGUCGUUGGAGUUCAAAGAGACCAAGAUGGCGAAAUUCAAAUACAUCAUUGAGAACCCUACCCCCAGAAUCUUCAUGUUCACCACUCAAUUGAGCACGGAGGAGAUCAAUGACGAUAUCGAGUGGCAAUUCGAGGACGACAGAAAUAUAGUGCCAUUGAAGCAACCAGCAUUCCCCGUGUUGCCGUUCAAUAGAAAUAUCAUUGAAUUUUACGCUAAACUCACCAACAACACGAGCCAAGACCUCAUCGCACUCCCACAAUUCAAAGUUUACGAUGUCCACUACAAAGUCACAUUGCCCACUCUUGCCGUGUGUGAAAAUGUCGUGGUCAAAAACAACAAUUCACUCUACUGGCAGCUCAAUGGUCAGCCUACCGCCCUGUCUCUUCGCUAA